AUGACGUCCUUGCAGCCCAUCAAGCUUUUCUGGAGAAUACCCAACCCCUCCAAAGUCCUCAUCAUUCUCGAGGAGCUUAAUCUUCCUUACGAGUCCUCUUGGGUCGAACUCGACGGUUUGAAAACCAAGCCCUUCACCGAUGUGAACCCUAACGGCCGAGUGCCCGCUAUCAUUGACCCCAACACCGGUCUUACCCUCUGGGAAUCCGGUGCCAUCGUCCAGUACCUCAUCGAUACCUACGACAAAGACCGCAAAAUUUCCUACGCUACAUUCCCAGAACAAUACCAAUUGAUCCAGUGGUCUUACUUCCAGGCCUCAGGACAAGGUCCCUACUUUGGACAAUCCGCAUGGUUCAAUAUCUUCCACGAGAAAGUCUAUGGUGAAUCCCCCGAAAGCGCCAAGGUGCGCUACGGUGCCGAGGUCAAGCGUGUAGCGGGCGUGUUGGACUCCGUUCUGAAGGAGCGCGAUUGGCUCGUGGGCGACAAGUGCACGUACGCAGACCUGGCGUUUGUCAUGUGGAAUACACAGAUUGCGUUUUUUAUGGGUAGCCGUGAAGGCGAUCAGGCGUGGCGUCCUGAGGAGUUUCCUCAUUUCAAACGGUGGCAGGAAGCCAUGCUGGCUCGGGAGUCGGUCAAAAAGGUGAUGGGAGAAUUGAUGGAUAAAGAGGUGAAGAGCUCUUGA